AUGGUAUUCAGUGCCUGUUCUAAUUCUAAGGCUCCUAUGGCAGCAUCUCCAACACAAGUGUUGCCAACACAAGCCGUUCAAUAUUCGACGUCCGGAUCGAAGGACAUCAGGAUGCAAGCAUUUAUCACUGACUCGGACCCCAAUGAAACUGGUUGUCGAUCAAAGAAGUGGAAAAACAGGCUGUUGACUCGAUUGCGAUAUUUUUCUAUCUCAGGCACUCACGAUCAUGUCGAUGCUCUUCACAUUACGGAGGAGAACAAAUACGGGAAUUGAACAAAUUACUUGAAAAUGUUCCUUCACUGUAAUCCUCCAGAGUCCAAACGAGUACGAGAAACUCAUCACCAAACUUGACAACAAUUUCAUUCCCAUGGUUAACCUCGACUAUGCACUCAGUAAAUUGGAGAAAAUGUGCCAAAACGAAGGAGAAUCGGUCGCUCAAUAUCACAUUUGUUAAUGGCUUCAAGUUGCAAAGUGUGUUUUUGUGGACCCUGAUGACGUCAUUCGAAGCAAAAUUCUGCAAACCUUGCGUGACAAUAAACUUCACUGGGAAGCAAUGGUGAAAAGGUAUACGUUAAAACAAUUAUUGGAACAUGCUGCAAAUAAAGAAGACAUUGACUGCCAAUCCCAGCAUAUGGAGGAAACACUCCCUUGUGCACCCCCUGCACGAAAUCUGGUCAACAGAGUGCAUCAGAAGAGACACCAGGAUCCCGAGGACAAACUAAAGUCUAAACCGACACAUGAUGACAAGAAGAGCAAUUCCUGCCAAAGGGCCCCGAUCAUACUGCCCAGCCUCUGGGAAAACAUGCGGUUCCUGCUCAAAGAAGGGUCAUUUUGCCCGAAUGUGCAAAAGUAA